CUCUAUAAAAAAUAAUUUCAUACUACAAUUAGGCCCUGCGUCUUCGCGGGUCUUUACAGGCAACACGCUUUUCUCUCCUUCUCAUUCCAUCGUCAAAUCAUAUAUCCUUUUUCUUUUCCAAAACAUCACUUGACUCUCUCUUUCUCCAUUAUCUUUCAAGUACAAAUUGCCCCAAAAGAAGGACGUUAUGAUCAAUCUCUGAGUUUUUCAGUUUUGUUGUUACAUAAUUAAUCAAGGAAUGCAUGCAUGCAGGGAGUGGGGGAUCAGUUUUAGCUUGAUUAGCUGAUUAAUGAAUUUGUGCAGCACAAGAAGCAAAGAUGUCGGGUUUUGUGGGUGUACUUGUUUCUGAUCCAUGGCUUCAAAGCCAGUUCACUCAAGUCGAGUUACGCUCCCUCAAAUCUAAGUUUGUGUCGACGAGGACUCAGUGCGGUAGUGUCACGGUGGGGGAUUUGCCACCUAUUUUUGCUAAAUUGAGGGCCUUCACUGAGAUGUUUAAUGAGGAUGGUAUUAAGGCUAUGUUGGGGGAGGCAGGUUUCAACAUGGAAGAAGAACUCGACUUCGAAUCCUUCCUAAAGGCAUACAUAAAUUUGCAAAGCCGAGCAACUAAAAAAUCAGGUGGGAAGAAACUGAAAAGCUCUGUUUCCUUUCUCAAGGCAGCCACAACUACAUUUCACCAUAACAUCAACGAGUCAGAGAAGGCUUCCUAUGUGUCCCACAUUAACAGCUACUUGGCGGAAGAUCGCUUCUUGAAGAAAUAUCUCCCAUUAGAUGCAGCAACAAAUGACUUAUUUGAUCUUGUAAAAGAUGGAGUUCUUCUUUGUAAGCUUAUAAAUGUGGCUGUUCCUGGGACCAUAGAUGAGCGAGCUAUUAACACAAAAGGGACCCUUAAUCCAUGGGAAAGGAAUGAGAACCACACCCUUUGCCUUAAUUCUGCAAAGGCUAUUGGCUGUACAGUUGUUAAUAUCGGCACACAGGACCUUGUUGAAGCAAGACCCCAUCUGGUACUUGGAUUGAUUUCUCAAAUUAUUAAGAUUCAGCUAUUAGCCGACCUUAAUCUUAAGAAAACUCCUCAACUUGUGGAAUUGGUGGAUGACAGCAAGGAUGUGGAGGAGCUCUUGGGUUUGGGACCUGAAAAGGUUCUAUUGAAAUGGAUGAAUUUUCAUCUGAAGAAAGCUGGCUACAGUAAACAGGUUACAAACUUCUCUUCUGAUGUGAAGGAUGGAGAGGCCUAUGCUUACCUUCUCAAUGCUCUUGCCCCAGAACACAGUAGCCCUGCUUCCUUGGAUACCAAGGAUCCGACAGAGAGGGCAAACAUGGUUCUUGUGCAGGCAGAGAAGCUGGAUUGUAAAGGAUAUCUCACUUCUAAAGACAUUGUUGAGGGAUCACCAAAUCUUAAUCUUGCAUUUGUGGCUCAAAUAUUUCAGCACAGAAAUGGGCUGUCUGCUGAUACCAGUAAGAUGUCCUUUGCUGAGAUGAUGACAGAUGAUGCACAAACUUCUCGAGAAGAGAGGUGCUUCCGACUGUGGAUUAACAGUCUUGGAACUGCUACAUAUGUCAAUAAUGUUUUUGAGGAUAUCAGGAACGGAUGGGUUCUUCUAGAAGUUCUUGACAAAGUUUCUCCGGGAUCAGUUAAUUGGAAGCUGGCAUCCAAGCCUCCUAUAAAGAUGCCAUUUAGAAAAGUUGAGAAUUGCAACCAAGUAAUACAGAUAGGGAAGGACUUGUGCUUCUCCCUUGUGAAUGUAGCUGGAAAUGACAUUGUCCAAGGAAAUAAGAAGCUCAUAUUAGCCUAUUUAUGGCAACUGAUGAGGUUUACGAUGCUUCAACUCCUGAAAAACUUAAGAUCUCACUCCUCCCACUCCCAGGGUAAAGAGAUUACAGAUGCUGACAUUCUAAAAUGGGCAAACAACAAAGUGAAGAAAGCAGGUAGAACGUCUCAAAUGGAGAGCUUCAAGGAUAAGAACCUUUCAAAUGGAAUUUUCUUCCUUGAGCUUCUUAGCGCGGUGGAGCCUAGAGUGGUCAACUGGAGUGUGGUUACGAAAGGAGAAACUGACGAGGAUAAGAAGUUGAAUGCUACCUACAUAAUCAGUGUUGCCCGAAAGCUUGGGUGCUCCAUCUUCUUGUUACCCGAGGAUAUUAUAGAGGUAAACCAGAAGAUGAUCCUUACAUUGACUGCAAGCAUAAUGUACUGGAGCCUGCAGCAACAGGGUUACUCAGAGUCUUCUGCUGCUGAAGACAGUGAUGUUCCUGAUGCAUCCCCUCCCCCGUCUGUAAAUGGCGAGAAAGAGGAAGUUCUGGUUGGUGAGGUUUCCAAUUUGACGGUGGACGAUGCAGUUUCAGAUGCUACUAAGUCCUACUGAGUCGACACAUGUGGAGGAAAAAGAUCCUUACAUGAAAUGACCUGAAAAUGCUGCAGCACUUUUUUCAUUACUGAUUCAUUUCCAAAGAUGAGAAUCGAAGGAAAAUACAGCAGCCGUUGGCAGAUACACACUGUCUCUGUGUGCAGAACAGACGGGGGUCUUCAGAAUCAAUGUGCUCCUGAAGCACACAAGGAAAAAGAGAAGGAAGGGGGGGAAUCCGGUAAAUUGCAUUCUUUAAUUAGAGCCUGAUGUUCUUAGGCAUAUUCUUUUAACACUGUUGCAUUCAUCAUGCUGAAAUAAUUGGGCUAAUGAUACGUUUUGCCCAUGUAUUUUUAUUUUUUUUUAAUGUAUUUCGUCGUGUAAUUUUAUAUAUAUAGAUUCUACCUUUAUAUU